AUGAAUGAUACAGUUUUUACUGAGUUCUCAAUAAUUAUUUUUAUUGGUUUUGUUCAAUGUUCAGCCAAUUUAGAAAGAAAUUGUCCAAAAUAUAAAACGAAUCCACACAUGUUUUGUUUUUGGUUUGAUGAUUCAGAAUGUAAGAUUGAUAGUGAUUGUGCAGCACAAGGUCAGUUAUGUUGCUCAAGACAAUGUGAAACCUACUGCUAUUGA